CCCAUCAAUUGCGAAGCGAUCAAUCCUUCAACCUAAUCCGCACAGGAACUCGACCUAGAUACUUUCGCAAGUCUGUGAAGGAAGUCUCAACAUGUUCCCCAUCAAACUUCUCGCGAAAGGCGUGACCGGCGCCUAUGGCCUUGCACGUGAGGCCAUGGCCGAUCACGACGCCAAAAAGACCACGACGGCUCAGACUCAUCUACAAGUCCCCUCCCCAGCCAAGGAAGAAGCCGACCUUUCAGACACCUCAUCAGUCGAGUCGUCCGACGGCGAGGAAGCAGCACAAGAACUCGACGAAGUUCAGCAGUCAAUUGCGCCGAAAUCCAAAGAGGUCAUUCAACUUGACGAUGCUCGCAACGUCGACCAAGUGAUAGACGCCUUCAUGAAGAUACACCCACCCCCCGAAUAUUCGCCAGUUGCCGGGAAACUCGAUAUGCCUGUUAUCCUGCCUCAGCGUCGGCCGAAGAACAAAGAACGAGGCUUCGUUCGCGCCUAUGCGCCUAUGCUUCAGACUUGCGGGGUCGAGCAGGACGAGUUUGUCGACUUCCUAGAUGGAUUUGGAAAAGCGAUUCAGCUGCAUCCACUUUUUCAUGCUUUCAACCUGGCUUGCGCCGGAGCAGUCAUCGCUAGCGACAUCGCAGUUGGCCCCAUGUUUUUUGUCCACGUCGGUGCCAUGGUUGUCCACACGAGCGUGGAGCUGUCACGUAGACAAUAUGUGAAAUAUCAGUCUAACAAAUAUCUUGACAACAUGAACGAGACCUUUUUCAAGCCCCGAGGCCUCUAUGCCUUGGUUAUGGCAUACAAACCCGAGUCCGACGAUCUGGUCCAGAAUGUCAACAUGAAUACCAAUGUGGUAACCUCGAUCGCAACUCGGGAUUCGGGCCGUGGAGGUCGGUUCGCUAACGCGGCAGGUUCUUCGAGAGAAAUCGAGAUACCCGAGUCCGCCCCUCUCAUCUUCCCAGAGCUGGACGCUUUGCCGGAGAGCGAGAAAGAGAAUGCAUUCAAGCGCAGCGGCAAGAGACUUGGUGACUAUUUCGACCGCCGGGCCCAAGCCAAGUUCGAGAAGGCGAAUCCGGGAUCCAAACUGAACGUGUAUCAGGAAAGACAAUUUGCGUCGCGCUUCAGUGAUCCCAACCAUCCCGCCAACAGCGGCAGCUUGAUAGCCUUGCUGAGCGGUGGGAAAAUCGACACGACUGAAGCGGAUCGAAUGAAGGCUGAGAGACGGGCACGCAAACGCAACUUCAAAGAUGCAAGACGUGUUUCGAGGGGCCGCGAGCCGCGCUACGAUGCCAGUGGUCUGACCAAGAGAGCUCCGCAAGGGGGGAUCAAAGGCUUGAUGAGGUCGGAUGUGUUGUAUCUCAUGAUCGUAAAUUAUCCCAGCGAGGUGGAGUUGAAGGAAGCGGCUCAAGCCAUGGCCAACCUACAGCUGUAAUGGAGGUCAGGUUGACGCCAAGGAGUUUCCGAAAAGGAUCUCUGUGUUCUGUGAGAUGUGUAAUUAACGGAGUUUUGUAAUCUUUGCUCUAUACGCAACCAUGAG